AUGCAGCACCACAUCUUUGCCGUCGCCGCCUGCACUGCGCUCGCGCCGACUCUUCCCACGGCUCCGGGCGGCACGCAGGCGCCUCCACCAGCGAUCGGGACGCCCAGCGCUCUCCUCGAUGCGGUGGUGGAGGCAGCCGUCGCCUGCCUCAGAGUGCAAGGCGCCGACGCUUGCGACGGCGACCUGGCUUGGUGUGACGGCUCGAGCAGGGCUGCUCUCGAGCGCCAGCUCAGUGGUUUGCGCGGCCGCAAGCUCGCGUGGUGGCUCGAUGCGCCGCAGCCGCUGCGAGCCGCCUAUGCCCGCGGCUCGCGGCUCGACGUCUCUGUCGUGGCUCUCCCUGCCGGCACCGCCCUUCCGGCGUCGGCUUACCCGCCUGAUUCGCUGGUGCUGGCCACGCCGCUGCUCGGAGAGCCAGCGGUGCAUCGGCCGGGAAGCUCCGGCCGCUCCCUGCUCGCCGAGACGGUGACCAGCCUCGCCGGCGGAGACCUGCAAUGGACGGGCGCCCCGGGGGCAGCCUCCGCCCUCCUGCAGGUCGAGCGGCCGCCGCCGGGCGGCUGGGAGCCGGCGAGCGGCGGAGCAGGCGUGGCGAUGCCAGACGACGCGCCGGAGUUGCUCGCGCGCCUCGCCAAGAAGGUGGGCGGCCUCGACGCACCUCUCGCGGUGAUCGUCCGCCGCGCGCUCUCCUCUCGCCUGUACCCGCGCGCGCUGACCAAGGAGCUGGGCGUCUCGCCGGUGCGCGGCAUGCUGCUCUACGGGCCGCCCGGCUGCGGCAAGACGCUGCUCGCGCGCGAGAUCUGCACAGCGCUCGGAGCGCGCGAGCCCAAGAUCGUCAACGGCCCCGAGAUGAUGUCCAAGUACGCGGAGGUGGAGCAGGCCGAGGCGGGCGACGACUCGGCGCUGCACGUGAUCGUGUUCGACGAGAUCGACGCCUUCACGAGGGAGCGCGGCUCCCUCUCGGGCGACACGUCGGGCAUCCGCGACUCGGUCGUCAACCAGCUGCCUUAA